AUGCUGAAUAGUUUAUUCACUGCAGGCCAUAAAGAAGCUGUACUCUCGGUUGCCUUUAGUUCGGAUGGACGACAGUUGGCAAGUGGGUCCAGUGGUACCACUGUUCGUUUGUGGGACCUAAAUACCCAGACUCCUUUGUUCAAGUGUAAAGGCUAUAAGAAUUGGGUUCUUUGUAUUGCAUGGUCAGCAGACGGUAAGCAUCUCAUUAGUGGAAGUAAGGCUGGAGAACUUCAAUGCUGGGACCCACUGACAGGGAAGCCAUCAGGAAAUCCACUUAUUAUCACAGGAUUGUACAAUCAAAGUGUGGGAAACUUCGCAGGGGAAGCUAAUUCGUGA